UAUUCCAACUGCGUUUAUGAAAAGAUAAAACUACAUGAAUACAUGAUCAAUCCACGAAAACAUCAUCUACUCUUAAAUCAACUGCCCUAUAAAUUCACGCAUUUCGUUCUCCUUAUUACUACUCCACAUUACUACAAACUUCUCUCUACUCUUCUCUCCUCGAUCUCCUCUACCUCUUUCUCUCUUAAGUCUUCUCUUUCUCUGUUAAGUCUUCUCUUUCUCUCUUUUUUCUAACACUCAGCUCCCAUGGCUUCUUCGUCUACAUUUUUUCUUUUACUCGGAAUCUUAAUGGUGAUCCGAGUUUGCGGCUCGGCUAACGAUCAUCCAUCAACGUCCAUUGCCGUUGAUAUUUCGGAACCACGACAAAUACCUCCUACAUUUUUGGGCAUAUUUUUUGAGGAGAUAAAUCAUGCUGGGGCUGGUGGUUUGUGGGCGGAGCUUGUGAGUAAUAGAGGAUUCGAAGCUGGAGGUCGACAUGCACCGUCGAUGAUUAAUCCAUGGGGUGCAAUUGGAGACGAAGAAGCAAUAUCAAUAGUAACAGAGAUGUCUUCGUGCUUCAAAAACAACCCAGUGGCGCUUCGGAUGGACAUACUCUGUGACCCCUCUACUUGUCCUCCUGGAGGAGUUGGAAUCUAUAAUCCCGGCUAUUGGGGAAUGAAUAUUGAACAAGGAAACACUUACAAAGUGGUGUUCUACAUUAAAUCAACCGGACCACUUGACAGUGUUGUGUCACUGGUUACUGAAGAUGGCACACAAGUUCUUUCCUUCCGGCGGGUAACGGCUGAUGCUGCGAAACUUAAGGAUUGGACAAAAUUGGAGAUUGCAUUACAAGCUAGAGCAUCGUAUAACAAUGCUAGAUUUCAGUUUACUACAACCCAAAAAGGAACAAUUUGGCUGGAUCAAGUAUCGGUUAUGCCUAAUAACACGUAUAAGGGUCAUGGUUUUCGAAAUGAUUUGAUGCAAAUGCUUCUCAAUUUGAAGCCGAGGUUCCUUAGAUUUCCUGGUGGGUGUUACGUUGAAGGCACUUAUCUAAGAAAUGCGUUUAGAUGGAAGGAAACCGUCGGUCCAUGGGAAGAAAGGCCCGGCCAUUUUGGCGAUGUUUGGGGCUACUGGAGUGAUGACGGACUUGGUUAUCUUGAGUAUCUUCAGCUCGCAGAAGAUCUAGACGCUGAGCCUGUUUGGGUUGUUAACAACGGAAUUAGUUUUUAUGAUCAAGUUGAUAUCCGCCUGAUAGGCCCUUUUGUACAGGAGAUGUUGGAUAGCGUUGAAUUUGCUCGAGGUAGCCCGAAUACAACAUGGGGUUCCCUUCGUGCAAAGUUGGGACACCCUAAGCCAUUCAACCUGAAAUACAUUGCCGUUGGUAAUGAGGAAUGCGGCUUUAAGAACUAUAUAGGAAAUUACCUCAAGUUCUAUAAAGCCUUGAAGAAAAACUACCCAGAUAUAAAAGUCAUCUCAAAUUGUGAUGCAACAUGGAGGCCCUUAGAUCACCCUGCCGAUUUAUAUGAUUUUCACAAAUACACGAAUAUUUCGGGCAUGCUUGGUCUAACUCAUUUAUUUGAGAAGAUGAGAAGGGAUGAUCCUCACGCACCAAAGGCUUUUGUUAGCGAGUAUGCUGUGACAUACCCCGAAGAAAAAAUGAUGAAUGGAACAUUUGGGGGAGCACUAGCAGAAGCUGCUUUCCUGCUUUCACUAGAGCAGAACAGUGAUGUUGUCGAAAUGGUGAGCUACGCCCCAAUUUUCGAUAAUCUGAACGACAGAAGGUGGAAUCCAGACGCGAUUUUCUUCAAUGCUGAUAAAGCAUAUGGAAUCGCCAGCUACUGGGUUCAGACCUUCUUCAGAGAAUCAAGUGGAGCAUCUCUAUUGAAGGUUAAUUUUCCCAACCAUACGCUCCCCAACACGCACCUAACUGCAAUUAGUCGGACUAACUCCAUAGACCAAAAGGAUUACAUCACAGUCAAGGUUGUAAACUACAAUAACAUAACCGUGACUCUGAAGUUAUCCGUCGUCGGGGUUGAUCCGAAUUCAGUUCGACUCCAGAGCAAAACCGUGCUCACUUGCGACGAUUUGGACGCGGACAAUACCUUGGAUUUUCCCACCAAGGUCGUGCCCGUCUCGAGUUUGAUCCCGAGUGAAGUUGGGAAACAUAAGGUUCUGGUGGUGGAACCGUUUUCAUUCUCUGCCUUUAAUAUAACUUUAGUUUAAUUAUAUAGUUGAUAAUCGGAAAAGGCAUUGUAUUAAUUAAUUUAAGAAACAAUUUAUUUAUUCACAUCUUUUGUUAGCUUUGUAUAAAAAUAAGUUUUAGUCGUCUGACCCGUGUAAGGCACGGGCUAGUCUUAGGAUUUUGGAUAUAUUUAUUUGUGUGUUAUUUUUUAUUAUUUGGGUUGUUGGUGAAUUUUUGUUUUUAGUUUUGUUUGGAACCGGUUUAUUUUCUCGCUAAAACCAUCAGAAAUUCCAAUUCUUUUUGUUAUUUGGUGAA